AUGGGGUUAGGAUCUCCCAACCAUGUUUAUAUUAUCAAAAAAGCGAAUACAGAGAAGGAUAGGGACAUCAGCCAAAUUUUUGUUGAUAUGACUAUCCAAUGUGAGAAAGUGAUUCCCCAUUGGCUUGAUGGUUUGUUAGAAAAGAAAUUUUUUGGUAGAUGUGAGAAUCAUGAUUUUUCAAAGAAUGAUUUGAAUAGGUAUUGCAUUACUUGCGAUUCCUCAAAUUGCAAGUAUUGCAUCGCAUCAGGUACACAUAACGAUCACAAGCUACUCACCAUUUAUCGUCAUGUCUACCAAGAUGUGAUACCUCUCAAGGAGAUUGAGAGUCAUCUUGAUUGUUCAACAAUUCAGCCUUACAAAUGCAACAAAAAGUGGGUUGUGUCGCUAAAGCCGCUUCCCCACAAUGGUUCAGGUUCACAUAUGGACGGCGAUGAAGCAUGCCAUGUGUGUAAGAGAAAAUUGAAUGAUUUUGACCGAUAUAGCUUCUGCUGCUUAGCUUGCAAGGUUCAAGCAUUCUAUGAAAGGAGCAAAUCUCCUGUAGCUACAAGGAUGCUUACAGAUGGAAGGGACGAGGUUGUGCAACCUACAAAUCCAAACAAGCGUAUAUCAACUUCUGAGAGCAACUCUAUGUAUCGUAGCCUAGUAGAGGGUCUGUUUUGUCUUCUUUCCUCAACUCUAGUAAUACAGAGGAUUGAGAGAGGUGGAUUUCAAGCACACGAAAAACACAAGAAUAGGAAAUUCUUGGAAUUCCACCUGGAAAAGGCAAUUAGUAUAAGAUCAGAAGGAUGGAAGAAGAUAGCAGAUCUUGGAGGCUGCAGAAGGUAG